AUGGAGACCACGACACCCCCGACCCCUGUUUCGCAUCGCUUUACUCUCGAACUCGAGUUUGUGCUAUGUCUCGCGAAUCCACAUUAUCUGCAAUAUCUCGCCUUGAAUUAUCCCCAUCUACUUAAUAAGCCGACCACGUCCCAGGAGUCUGCUGAAGAUGAAGACUGCGAUGCAGCGAGAUUUGCGCGAUACCUCAAAUACCUUUACGAGUACUGGCGCACGCCGCAGUAUGUCAAGUACCUAACGCACCCUGGCGCAACUCUUAGGAAUCUCGAACUCCUCCAACAGGAACAAUUUCGGAAAGACAUAAUCAGACCAGACGUCAUUGCAAAACUGUGCGACACGAACCCUGAGCUGAACAGCCCGGGUCAGACUACUGAAGCGCGUGAACCAGCUAUCCAGCAAAACACCUAA